GCGGAGUGAUGUUGCGGGUUUGGGGGUUGUAGCAAUUGCGCACGCGUGGAUUGAGUCACCAGGUCGACGUGGGGAGUCAUGACGGCGGUUGGCUGCAUGGCGGGCGGGUCGGGGAGUGUAGGAGGUGGCGGAACUGCGGAAACGGGAGCAGGGACUGCGGCCGCGGUCGUGGAAGGGAAGGACGGGACGUCCGUGGUUACCGGAGGCGGCGGAGCUGCGGCAUUCAGCAGCUCGGGGGCGGGAGGCUGCGGUAGAGAAGAUCCGGGAGCGGAAGGAGACUGCAAAGACGCAGGAGUGCCGGACGCGGACGGGACUUCGGCCACCACCGGCGCUCUGGGACUCAUCUGGGAUAGCCACGCCUGAAGAGGACACCAGGACUGGGACGGCCGCCCACCCUGGACCUGCAGGACAGCUGGCUAUUGGGACCAGAGAAGAUCGGCUUGGGACAGUGACACGGAGGAGCGCCAGAUUGGUGAGUAUAUCCGGUGGCGGGAGAAGGAGGCGAGCGUGUGUGAGUGAGACAAGGGCUGGCAGCUCAGCCCCUCGAAAUGAGUGAGGACCCCUCAGUACCGCGGUUCCGCACCCCCUCGAGGGGGCCGGCCAGGAACAGGGGGAAGCGAGUAGAACUGGUGAUUGAGGCGCCUCCAAAGGGGUAAAGAGGACCCCCCUCUGGGCGUGCGGAGGAAAUACUGUGUGAGUGGCAUGCACCCCAAAAGACCUGAUACAGGUCCUAACAAAGGAAGUUAGGUGAUUUAGAAAAUCAGGCAGUUUUGAAGUCCUGACAAAGGAGGUCAGGCAUACCUCAGAAGCCAGGGUCUCGAGGUUUGGCUGGUUGAGUCUUGGCAAAGGAGGCCAAGGUCUCUCUAAGUCCUGACGAAAAGGGUCAGAAAAAUUGGAGUUUUGGCAGGAGGUUGAGACUUCUUAAAUAAGAUAUAUUUCCUUUAGAGAAAAGGCAUCUUUGUGAUUUGUUUUGAGGCUGGAAAAAAAUGGGAGGGUGCAAUAGUAAGAAAAGUGGCCAAAGACUGAGAAAUAUACCUCCCCAAAGUCGCCUACGUGAACUAUUAGAGAAAUGGGACUCUAUAGAAGCCACAGAAGGAUUAGAUAAAGUUAAGAUGAUUCACUACUGUUCAGAAGUGUGGCCAGAAUUAGAGGUGCAAGGAGGAUGGCCAUGGUGUGGGACAAAACACAAGUAGAUGUGUCAACAGCUGAGUAACUAUCUGACGGCUCGAGAAGAUACUGAUCCCGAGCAACUAUUAUAUGUCGCUUGUUGGUUGAAUGCUAUAAAGAAUGAAGGAGUGCAAAUUUGUAAAGUGCAGAGCAAGAAAGGGGGGAGUGAAAGAGGGGAUGCUGGAGUUAAAGAAAUUGGUAAAAGGUGGGACCCCCUAGACUACUUGCCUCCUGAUGCCCCUCCACCUUAUAAUCCUCUCCUUCAAGCGCUUCAAAUAGCAGAUCCAGUUCUUCUCCCGGCUGCUAUGGGGGCCAUUCCCUCACCAUCCCCUUCGACUCCUUUAGCUGCUUCUGUACCACCACUAAUACCUACUUCACCUGCUGCAUGCUCCACCCCUUCUCCAGCUACACUUAACAUGCACCCAAGCUCUUCUCCCCCUCCUACUGCUGUCCCUCCACCUCCUCCUAACUGGGACACAAAUGCUUCCUUACCGGGUAACCUCUUAUCACCAGGUACAGCCGUUGACCUACAGCAGGUCCAAGUUAAUGCCAAUACCCCUCAAAUGAGUAAUCUUGUGUCUGAAGAUGGGCCAUACUGUGGUACCCAAUCCAAGACCUCCAAGGCAGAGAGACUUUUUCCACUUAGAGAAGUUCCUAUGGGAGGAGUAGCAGGAGGUGUUGGUUUUGUGAAUGCUCCUCUAACUGCUUCUGAGGUGAGAGGAUUCAAGAAAGAGUUAGGGAAUUUAGUUGAAGACCCCGUGGGCAUUGCUAACCAAGUGGAUCAGUUUUUAGGUCCAAAUAUCUACACUUGGGGGGAGAUGAAUUCCAUUCUAAAUAUAUUAUUUUCUCCAGAAGAGUCCCGAAUGAUUAGGGCCACAAGCAUAAGAAUUUGGGAAAAAGAUAACCGUCCAGGGCCCCAAGUGCCAUCAGGAGAAGACAAAUUGCCAGUAGUGGAUCCCAAUUGGAACCCUAAUCAAGAGGAAGGGAGGAAAGCCAUGAUGGAGUACAGGUCUCUGAUAAUUCGAGGGAUCAGAGAAUCAGUUCCCAAAGGAACUAAUACAAAAUUGGCAUUUGAGGGCGCACAAGAGAAGGAUGAAACUCCUGCUACUUGGCUUAAUCGCCUGAAGUGGAACUUUCAAUUGUAUUCUAGAAUAGACCCAGACACCAAAGAGGGUGAAGUGCUACUAAAAGUCCAAUUUGUCACUAAAUCUUGGCCUGAUAUACGAAGAAAACUAGAAAAGAUUGAGGAUUGGCAAGAAAAAGACAUUAAUGAGUUAUUGAGGGAAGCACUGAAGGUGUAUUUAAGGAGGGAAGAAGAAAAAGCAAAGGCCAAAGCUAGGAUCAUGGUCUCUAUAGCAAGAGAAAGUGUGGGAGCAAGCAACUCUUUCCUGCAGGCCAAGGCCACAAAAGAGUGGGGGAGUCCACCACCAGGAGCAGGUAGGGUUAGGCCAGUAUGUCAUGGUUUGACCCUGGCACAAGGCCAGGGCUCCUAUGAAAGGUGUAUUUCCAAAAUGGUUAUUGUGUGAUGUGACCCGGGAAUAGAACAAAGCAGGCUCUUAUUCGGGGAUGGAGGGAAAAACACAACACUUUAUUCAUUACAAUAUCUAGAAAGGAACACAUACAAAGCUAAGAAUGAAAACCUUCUAAAUACAUUCCUCCUCCCCCCUCCCUUCUCUCCACAGAUUCACUACCCCUCAAAUAAUCAACCCUCAAAUCCAUCAGGGAGAGAGGAAUCUCCCCUUGCACUAUAGGCUUCCCCCAGAAACACAACUGAAACCUUCUGUGCUUCUGUGUUACCCAUGGCUUCACCGAGAACAUCGGCCCUUGUGACUUCUCCCCGCCUAUGUCCAAUGCUCUCGCCACUGGACACGGGCUAGGACUGCUUUUAGGGUUUCCCGUUUAAAGAUGCUCCACCUAGUUCCAGAAGCAACAGUCUCUCAACUUCAGGACACCAGUCCCCCCCAAAUUUCACCCCCUGGGGCCGAAAGGCCUCGUGAACAGAGAUCUCAAACCCUCUCUGAAGACAGAGGGCAUCUUACGCCCUUCUCACCCAUCUCUGUUCUCACCACUGCUUCACCUCUCAACUUUGGGACACCAGUCCCCCCCAAGUUUCACCCCCUGGAGCUGAAGAGCCUCAUGAACAGAGAUCUUCCUCUCCGUGGAGACAGAAGGCAUUCCACACCCUCCUCAGCUGUCUCUGUUCACGCCGCUGCUUCACUCUUGACUCCAGGGUAUUGCCUCCCCCUAAAUACAGUCUCUGGAUCACAAGAAAAAAAACACGGGUCUGUCCAUGGCCAUACAAGAAAGAGUCCAGCCCAAGGCCACUCCAUCAUCUCUUCUCACCUAGGAUUCUUCUCUCCUCGUCCAGCUUUCCUCACGCCCAUUUCGUCUCUCAUCUCUCUCUCCUCAUUCUGAUUCAGGAGGAUCAGUAUUUGUAAGGUUUCCAUUAUUCUACAAAGGAGUUAAAAUCUUCCCUUCUGUCUGCCCAGGACUCCCACAGCUGCCGGGCACCUUCUCUCGCCGCAUCCCCCGCUUCUGGCCGGCUGAGCUGCUAGCACAGUCUCUAUCGCUCUCUCCGGGGGGAGGGCUGCCCAGACAUCUCAAGUCUCUUCCACCCCUGUACAGUCUCCUCCACCCCUGCACCUUUUGGGAGCUCUAGCCUCCUCCCCACAAGCCUCAUGGCCUCCGCCUCCCCCACCCAAAUGCAGCUGAGCAGGAGAGAAGUCAGACUCCACUCACCAAUGCCAGAUUCCCAAAGAGGAAGUUCUCUGGGAAUCUCCUGCUUUUAACCCCUGUGUGUUCUCAAAAGCGUAUCCAAAUCCCCAGUAGCCACACCAGAUGCCAAUUUCAAAUCUGGCCACUGAUUAGUUUGACCUAGACUUUUCCAAAAACUCACUUCCGGGCCAAACCAUGACACAAUACCAUCAGGUACAAGAGGAACGGAGAGGCCUCAAGCCCCUUUAAGUGAAAAGCGUUGCUAUUACUGUGGGCGGACUGGGCACAUUAGAAAAUUCUGUAAAAAGCUGAAUCUUGAUGAAGCAAUAGCCAGAGAACAAGAAGCCUUAGAGAAAAUGCUUAGAGGCGACGAUUAGGGGUGUCAAGGGCUCUAUACUUUAGGGGACCCGAUGCAACACCUAGAAGAGCCCUUGGUAAACUUUGAAGUGGGACCCCAAAAUGAAGAAUUUGAAUUUUUAGUUGAUAUAGGAGCAGAUAAGUCCUGUCUUAACAAAAUAUCAGAAGGUAUGGUAAUUGGUAGAAAAUUUUGUGAAGUAUUAGGGACUGAAGGGAAACCAUUUAGAGCCUCAGUGAUUGAGAAUGUAAAAAUAAUCGGAAACUCAAGGCGCUGUGAAGCAAAUUUGAUCUACCUGCCUAAACUAGAAAAAAGUUUGUUAGGGAGAGAUCUACAAGUUCAUUUGGGAGUAGGAAUUGUCCCGAGAGAAGGGAAAAUGGUGGUACAAAUAAUGAAGUUAUCCCAAGGUGAUGUUGCUGAAAUAAGCCCAGAGGUGUGGGCUGAAGGAGGAAAGCGGGGCCUACUGGACAUUCCUCCAAUAACAAUAAAAAUGCAAGAUGGUACUUCACCCAUAUGGGUCAAACAGUAUCCAAUUUCCCUGGAAGGAAAGAAGGGGCUAGCCAUAGUUAUUGAACAAUUGCUGCAAGAGGGAAUUUUGGAACCCUGUAUGUCACCACAUAAUACCCCUAUACUAGCAGUUAAGAAAGCUGAAGGGAAAUACAGGCUGGUACAAGACCUAAGAGAGGUGAACAAAAAGACCAUUGCUAGACAUCUGGUUGUGCCCAACCCAUAUAAUCUUCUAAGCCGAAUUCCAAGAGAACACACUUGGUUCACUAUUAUAGACUUAAAAGAUGCUUUCUGGGCAUGUCCUCUGGCAGUAGAAUGUGAAGAUUGGUUUGCCUUUGAAUGGGAAGACCAAAGUACAAAAAGAAAACAACAGCUAAGAUGGACCCAAUUAUCACAAGGGUUUACUGAAUCACCCCACCUCUUUGGACAAGCCCUAGAGGGUUUGUUAGAACAGUUUGUUCCUGAAGAAGAAGUACAAAUCCUGCAGUAUGUUGAUGACCUGAUGGUAUCAGGGAAAGGAAAAGAUCAGGUCAGAACAACUAGCAUUAAACUUUUGAACUUUCUGGGAGAGAAAGGAUUAAAAGUCUCACAAGAGAAGCUACAGUUUGUACAACCAGAAGUAACGUACCUUGGGCACAUAAUAGGAGAGGGAUAUAAGAAAUUGAGCCCUGACAGAAUUUCAGGCAUCAUAUCUCUCCCAGCUCCACAAACAAAAAGAGAUGUGAGAAAGCUUCUAGGCCUGUUCGGGUACUGCAAGUUAUGGUUGGAUCAAUACUCACAAAGUGUGAAAUUUUUAUAUGAUAAGCUGGUAGACCCAGAUCCCAUAAUUUGGACAGCAGAAGACAAUCAACAACUAGAGAACUUAAAAGAGAAGUUGUCUUCUGCUCCAGUCCUAAGCUUACCAGACCUCAGGAAGGGCUUUGAUCUUUUUCUAAGUGCUGAAGGAGGUAUAGCCUAUGGUGUACUAACUCAAGAGUGGGAAGGCUGCAGAAAACCUGUAGCUUACAUCUCCAAAUUGUUAGACCCAGUAGCUAGAGGUUGGCCAGUUUGUAUACAAGCCGUAGCAGCAACUGCUAUUCUGAUAGAAGAGACCCAAAAAUUGACCUUACAAGGAAAAAUUAAAGUACAUAUCCCUCACGAUCUUAAAACAGUGCUGAGCCAAAGAGUUCAACAGUGGCUAACCAAUGCAAGAAUAUUAAAAUAUUAAAUAAUACUAAUGAACACAGAAAAUUUAGAAUUCAUCACAUCAAACACCCUCAAUCCAGCACAAUUCCUUAUGGGAGAGCCUAUAGAGAGUUUAGAACAUGAUUGCCUUGAAUUGAUCAGUCUCCAAACCAAAGUAAGAGAGGAUUUAGAAGAUCAGCCUCUAACAACUGGAAGAAUUUUGUUUAUAGAUGGCUCUUCGAGGGUAGUAGAUGGAAAAAGAGCUUCAGGUUAUGCCAUCAUAGACGGAAAAACUUUACAAAUUGAUGAAAAAGGAAAACUACCCCAAACCUGGUCAGCCCAAAGUUGUGAAAUAUAUGCCCUGAAAAGAGGAUUAGACCUAUUGGAGGGAGACCGGGGAACCAUUUAUACAGAUUCCCAAUAUGCAUUUAGAAUAGUACACACAUUUGGGAAAAUAUGGGAGGAGCGUGGAUAUCUAAGCUCAAAGGGAAAAAGCUUAGCUCAUGAGAAUCUAGUCAAGUCUGUAUUGCAAUCUCUACAAAAACCAACAGAAAUAGCAGUAGUCCAUAUAAAAGGGCACCAAAAAGGACACAGCCUUGAAGUUAAAGGAAACCGACUGGCUGAUCAGAUAGGAAAGGAAGCAGCUUUAGAACCAGGGGAUCCAGUAAAAGUUUUUAAAGCAGAAACCACACCCGAGGAGGAUGAAAGAGAAAACCCCAUAUUUAGUGAAAAAGAAUUAAAGGCUAUAAAAGAUUUAAAGUUACACCAAGGGCAACGAGGGGAGUGGUUAACAUCAGACGGACAGGUAUUUUUAAACAAAGCACUUGCUGGGACAGUGCUAACAGAACUACAUAAAUUAACCCACUGGGGAGUCCAAGGACUAUGUGAUCAUUUCCUAAGAAAUAACUUGUGCAUAGGUGUAUAUGACCUAGCAAAAGCAAUCACAAAGAGGGUGUUUAAUUUGCCAAAAAGUAAACCAGAAAGUCAUGAGAAAAGUAACACCUGGAGGGAGGGAACUAACUCUAAGACCUUUCCAGAGCAUACAAAUAGAUUUUACUGAGAUGCCCCCAGUACAAGGAUACAAAUAUCUACUAGUUAUAGUAGAUCAUCUCACUCACUGGGUAGAAGCCUUCCCAACCAAAAGGGAAACAGCCCAAGUCGUGGCCAAAGUAAUCUUAGAAAACAUUACCCCCAGAUACGGAAUGGUGAAUACCAUAGACUCAGACCGAGGUCCACAUUUUGUGGCCCAAACAUUGCACAAUAUUAUUGAAGCUUUAGGAAUAAAACGGAGAUUGCAUACUCCAUGGCACCCCCAGAGUUCUGGGAGGGUGGAACGAAUGAACAAAACUCUCAAAAAUGUAUUGACUAAAUUAGUUGAAGAAACAAAAAUGAAUUGGCUAAAGUGCUUGCCCCUAGCGCUCUUGCACAUCAGAACAAGACCCCGGUCUGAUAUAGGGAUUUCACCCUAUGAAAUGAUGUUUGGACUGCCAUUCUUGUUAACACCCUAUAGCACAGGAGACUAUCUGGAAGGAGAAGAAGCCACCAGAAAAUAUUUGGAAGUCAUUGGAAGAACCCUAGAAAGACUUAGAAAAAGAGGAUACCUCCCCCAAACCUCCCCUCUUGACACAAAAGCACAUGACAUAAACCCAGGAGAUUGGGUUUUAAUAAAAUCCUGGAAUUAUAGACCAUUAAUGCCUAAAUUUGAAGGCCCCUUUCAGGUACUCCUCAUCGCUAAUUUUGCUGUGCAAACCAGAGAAAAAGGUUGGACCCACAUCAGGAGAAUUAAAAGACCAGUCCCACCCCCGAGCAUUGGACAAGAUUCGUCAGUGUCUCCCUCUGGUACUGGACCAGAUUUCACACCACUCUCACCCCCGAGCAUUGGACAAGAUUCUUCAGUGUCUCCGUCUGGUAUUGGACCAGAUUCUACACCACCCUCACACUCUAACUCAGGACAGGAUUCAACCGCAUCAGGAGUUAAUUCAGCUGAGUAUACUAUUAUAAAAGGACCAAAUGACUUAAAGUUGACAUUCAAAAAGAAGAACCAAAAAGACUGAUGAACUGCAUUAAAAAAAAAAAAAAGCUUAGAAUCAUAACAUGUCUUGAAGUGUUUUAAGAAAUUUGUAAAAGUUAAAAAUUGUUAAUAAGUAAUUCUGGUUAAGUUGUCCCAACUUAGUACCAAAAACCCCAGGUUAAUCUUCUCCAGAGUGCUCCCCUAGGAGAGACCAAAUUAGCAGGGACAGAUCAAGAGAGUUUUAACCAGAGGAGCAAGAGACUCUAAAGAGCUUGGAGACUUCUUCUCAGUAAAAUCCUCAAGAGGCAAGGCCGGGUGGGCAGACUGUGCAAGAUGACCCAUACCGGACUCUUGGGAAGGGUAGUAGUGAUGGCUCUGAUUGCUGGUGGUGCUCUGGAGAGCCCAGGAGAGCUGUGCAAUGAGUACUACCAACCUCUCUAUGAGAAAGAAGUAAGUUCCUUGCUGAGAGUCCACAACAAUUGUGUUAACCUCUCCCAAUUGAUCCUUUAUCAAGAGAAGGAGAAAAUAUAUUGGAUGGCCCGGAACACCGCCACCUUUAGGCAGCCACUCCUGGGAGAGCACCCUGUAGGAGAGGCCUGGUGGUGCUUUGAAUGUGAUACUACUAAAGCAAGCCUGGUAAAUCUGGUGAAAGGAAAAGGUAUUUCUAAAUAUUGGGAGGGCACGACAAAAACUAAUAUAUUUCGGGAAACCCCUAAACACCUGUUUUGGGUCAAUGGUACCACAGCAUCCACUGAAUUGCCAAGAGACUGGUCUAGUGGUGGCAUCAUUAGAAUUAUAAAACAAACUGUCUUUAUAAUACACAAAGAAUCUGGAUCAAGUUUAAGAGUUCCUAUAUAUGAGAAUUUAAGAAAAACAAAACUGAAGAAGCAAUAUAUGUUAAACAAAAUUUUGCAACUACAAUCACAAUUAGAAGUAAUAUCUAAUCAGACCACAUUAGCUCUUAAUCAUAUUAAUGACCAACUCAACCAAACCAAAACAGUAAUUUAUCAAAUCAAAUUAAUUGUAGCAGUCAUUAGAAACACCUUAAAUGAAAUAAGAAAACUAGCAUAUUUAAGAAAUCAAAGGACUCCUACACUUGAUUCCAGUUGGUGGGAUAAUCUAUGGACUUGCAAAAAAAGUGGGAAAACUAUAACCUUCACUGUGUGUACACUUGUUAGUUUGUUCUUAUUUCCCUGUUUAAUUAAAAUAGUGACAUCUGCUGUACAGAAUAACCUAAGGAUCUCUAAAGAGAUUAACCUAAAAAAACCAAAAAAUGUAAUGAAGUUAGGUAAAUAUGAUCAGCAGAGUGCUCAGGAAAUUUAUAAUCAAUACAAAAACUAUAGGAAAUUCUAUGUUAAUGAGCCAAAAAUUGUAAGUUGAUGCAAGCUUAAGACUGAUCAAAGAAAAAGAGGGGGGACUGUUAUGAAUAAAAAGUUAUCAAUUUUUUUUAGGUUGCAGAGUUAAAAACAAGUCAAACCAGUGCUGUUAAGUUAAUUUCAUUGUUAAGAGUUCUUCAAUUACCUGUUAAUGGUUGGUGAUUAACCAUUGUCACCCUGAUGCUUGCCACCGGGACAGACCCUCCAGGUGCCAGGAGAAUGGGAGUGGCGUUAGAGCUAGUAUGCAGAUGAGAAAUGCAUUGCGCCCCGAAUUUUGCAGUUUUCCAGGAAAACCCCUAAGAAUUACGAGCUAACAUAGAACUAAGUGACCUAAGUGACGUCUAAGGAUGGAACGUAGUCCAGUACCUGCUUGGAUCCUUUUUGCUUCUCACCCUAACCUGAAAAGAUGUUGAUUAAAGAGACAACCCGGGGUGUUGACACGAUCCGUCCUAAGGACGUGAUUUGUGAAGGUUCUUUUUCACUGAUCUCAGGGUGCAAAAACUGACACGACAAGGGGAUUUGUAGUAAAAUCAAAACAGAGAUACUUUUAUUGUAUAGCCAUAGCAAAGAUGCGUUAGAGAGAAGGGGAAUGAAGAAAGGGGAAAGAAUAAGGAAAAGAAAAAGAAGAGAGGGAGGGCAAGGAGGUAUAUAACUACCAGACGUGCGGAUGACAAAGUCCCUCGAAGUCCGGUCGACGAAGAGGCCUGUUGUCUUCACGUCAGGGGAGAUCUCAAAGGUAUCAGUCAGCUCUAACCUUUUUUAUAGUCCUUUUGAAAUGGGGGAAGGGGACACAUUUCAAAAUAGUCUAUUGAUAAAGGGUACAAGGAGUCCAUCAGUAGUCCAUCAGGAGCAGGCGUCGUC